AUGGCCAGUACAGCAUGCUUCGUGAUUGUAAGUAAGAACGACAUCCCAAUCUAUGAGGCAGAAGUUGGAUCUGCACCCAAAAAAGACAAAUAUUUAGGAACGGAGGGAGUAUGUGGUAUCUUUGCCCCUGUAUACAUGAAAGAAGAUCUGGCUUAUCACCAUCAGUUCAUCCUGCAUGCUGCGUUAGAUGUUGUUCAGGACCUAGCAUGGACCACAAAUGCAAUGUUCCUGAGGUCGGUUGAUAGAUUUAAUGACCUUGUGGUGUCUGUUUAUGUAACCGCCGGUCAUACUAGAUUCAUGUUGCUUCACGAUUCACGCAGCGAGGAUGGAAUAAAAAGCUUUUUUCAAGAGGUCCAUGAACUUUACAUCAAGAUAUUCCUCAACCCCCUGUACCUGCCCGGCUCUCGCAUCGCAUCGUCACAUUUCGACACCAAGCUCGCCUUUUUUCCUGUGCGUGCGUGCGUGCAUGAUCGGAUCUUACCUUCCUCCACCAGAGCUGUGGCUCGUAUGCGCUAG